AUGGACAGCGAUAUGACCAACUACAUUGACAUGGACCCGGACGAGUUGAGGGAUCUCCCGAGACGGCUGAGUGAGAGCGCCGAGAGUGGGAAAGAUCGUUCGCCUCCAGCCAAACCUUUGCGAGAAAAACCCCAUUCCGGCGUCGAACAAUCGGUCAACGAGGAGAAGCCGAGAGCCGGCAAGAAAGGCAUUUUCGAU